UGCUUUGCGAGGGAUUAUCUAGGCCCUCACAAGCCUCUCCCCUACCUGCAGCAUGGAUGUCUCUCUGCUCCUCAACGUGGAGGGAGUCAAGAAGACCAUACUGCAUGGAGGAGUUGGGGAGCUCCCCAACUUCAUCACUGGCUCCCGAGUGACCUUUCAUUUCCGAACAAUGAAGUGCGAUGAGGAGCGCACAGUGAUUGACGACAGCAGGCAGGUGGGCCAGCCCAUGAGCAUCAUCAUCGGCAACAUGUUCAAGCUGGAGGUGUGGGAGACCCUGCUGACGUCCAUGCGGCUCGGAGAGGUGGCCGAGUUCUGGUGUGACACCAUCCACACAGGUGUCUACCCUAUGUUGUCCCGAAGCCUGCGGCAGUUGGCUGAGGGCAAGGAUCCCACAAACUGGCAUGUGCACACGUGUGGGCUGGCCAACAUGUUUGCAUACCAUACUCUGGGCUAUGAGGACCUGGAUGAGCUGCAGAAGGAGCCACAGCCUCUCAUCUUCCUGAUCGAGCUGCUGCAGGUGGAGGCCCCGAAUGAGUACCAGCGGGAGACGUGGAACCUGAAUAAUGAAGAGAAGAUGCAGGCUGUGCCUCUCCUUCAUGGGGAAGGCAACAGGCUCUACAAGCUGGGCCGCUAUGAUCAGGCUGCCACCAAGUACCAGGAGGCCAUCGUGUGCCUGAGGAACCUUCAGACUAAGGAGAAGCCCUGGGAGGUUGAGUGGCUGAAGCUGGAGAAGAUGAUCAACACGCUGAUCCUCAACUACUGCCAAUGUCUGCUGAAGAAGGAGGAGUACUACGAGGUCCUGGAGCACACUAGUGACAUUCUACGACACCACCCAGGGAUUGUGAAGGCCUACUAUGUGCGCGCACGCGCCCACGCGGAGGUGUGGAAUGCUGAGGAGGCCAAGGCGGACCUGGAGAAAGUGCUGGAGUUGGAGCCAUCCAUGCGCAAGGCUGUUCUCAGGGAACUGCGGCUGUUGGAGAGCCGCCUGGCGGACAAGCAGGAGGAGGAACGGCAGCGCUGCCGGAACAUGCUGGGAUAGGCUGGGCUGGGCCGGGCUAGGUUAGGCUAGGCUAGACUGCCUUAGGUUGGGUAGGAGCUGCAGGAUGAAGCACUGGGCUGAGGGCUGGGGCUAUGGACUGGGGCACCAUGCCCACACUACUCUACUUGCUGCAUGGCGCUUCAGGGCAGUGUCCUUGGCUACUAGGAGGCUGCCCGUGAGUCCUCUUCACUCCGACAACUUGCAGGCCACCAGUGUAGCAGGCAUAGUCUGGGCAUUCCUGGUUCAAUCAAUCAGGGCUUAGAUGUCACUUUUUAGCACAGAUUCAUGCUAAAUUAUAUUAAGACUAAUUUCUGAGGGUUGGGAUAUAGCUCAGUGGUAGAGAGCUUGUUUAGCAAACCUGGAGUCCUGGCGUUUAACUCCAGCAUAAAUAAAUAGAUAUACACAUACAUAAAUGCAUUUUGUGGGAUCAAAGUCAUAGCUGUCCAUGGGAAAUCAAAAGCACCCUCCAAAGGCCCCCAAAUUAACAAAGGGCACAGGAAAGCUACCAUUCUUCAGCUCAGGUGUAAUAAUCAAACUU